GUGUAUCGAGGGCUGUGAAGCGGCGUUUAUUUAAACGUGUGCGAGCGAGAGAGGAGGCAACCGGGCGGGUAAUAUCAUCGCGAGUGAUACCGAGCUACGGAAUCAUCGUCUACACGAAUUAGCAAGAGGAGGAUAUAAAUCGGGAUAUCGAAAGGAAGGGUGGUGAGAGAAGGAGAAAAUUGAAAAAAGAGAGAGAAGAAGGGAAGUCGUCGAGACAGAAAGUACGAUUAGAAAAAGGAAAAGAGAAAAAGAGAGUUCACCUUGUGUACUUAAGCGUGCGUGUACGCGAGGAAGAGGAAGAUAAAGCUUGUAUCGGAGUAAAAAGGUAAAAGACGGGAGAUUGAUUCACCUUGUCGCUUACGUUUAUGAAAUUCCAAAUCUUAAUUAGUAAAUACGGCGUAAACGUACGGAGAAAGGGGGACAGAGGAUACGAGUAAGAGAAUAAUCGGGAGACAGAGAGGGACGUUUGUCAGAGGAAAGAAAAGGGAAGAUCGAUCUCCGAGAAAAGGGAGAGACAGAGAGAGAGAGAACGAGGGAGAGAGAAACGGUGAGAAGAUCGUUGUAUGGGAGGUAUGGUGCGGAGUCUCGGGUGAACAAAGGAAGGCUCCCUCGAGGCGAGGGUCGUUUCCGAUCGACGAACCGUCGCCGCCGUCGCCGGGUUCCCCUUCGUUCUCGUUCGGCGUGCCCCGGGCUGCGUGGAACGGAGCGUCUAACAACGGUCAGUCACGUAGCGGCGUCCGGGCGGUGUGGUACGAGGAGAAAGGAAAGGAACGUUCGUUGAGAAAGGAAGCGCGCGUCCAUGAACCUAGCCGGUUCGAACAAAGGAGUUGAAAGCCGAACAGUUUGAUAUAGUCGAGUCUUUUGCGAGGUUUCCUCUUUCCUACGCGCGGACCUCUUUUUACCCGAAAAUCGAAUCCCGUGCGAUCACGGACGAAACUGAAGCGAGCACGACGUCGGCUUUCGAGACAAAACCGCGAGUGCCGCCGAGACUGUGUACGAUCGUAAUACGCAGUAUCCCGGGUCGAAACGUCCAGGGUGUUUCUGUGCAUCGUUCUCGAUACGCGAACACGCUCAGAGACCGUUUUGUGAAUGUUUUUGUGUGCGCGUGUGUGAGAUAUCGGCGGCUCGACUUGAGAAAACACGGGGGUGAGUCGCUUAAUUAGUCGGCGACGGUCGUACGUACAUGUAUAUAAAAGUAAUUCGACGUGCUAAACGGUCAGAUAGGACACAGGACGGAAGGAGCGACUGAAUGGAAUGAAUUAACGAUCUCACGUUCUCUGACGUGGAUACCAUAAGCAGUUUUUCAAAGUUUUAUAUUUUUCGCCUUUGUGACAUGUGUCUGAGGUAUCAUUGAGUACAGUGAUUGAAACUCGAAUCGAAGAGAGCUCACUGAUCUUCCGUUCAGCGUACGGAUUAUCAUCACAUAUACGGGAUGCCGGUUGACUGAAGAUGGCCUCGCCGACGCUCUCGCUGGAAUCGCGUGCGAAUUCGAUCGGUUCCUUGACAUCGGUGUCACCGCUCACCGUGAGCGGUAGUUCGCCACCGGCGAGCGACUCGGCGAUCUGCGACGUGGACAGCUGCGACGCCUGCCUCGACUCGCAGAAACCUGGAGAGACUCCGUGUCCCCGGUGCCGAUUAGGCGGCGCAUCGCCCGGCGUCCGUUGCACCGGUUGCAAGUCGAACGAAUCCGACGCCGUCGCCCGUUGCUUCGACUGCGCUAACUUCCUCUGUCCGAAUUGCGUAAUGGCGCACCAGUUCAUGCACUGUUUCGAGGGCCAUAGGGUGUUGAAUCUCGGCGACUCGAAGCUCGAAACGGUGACGACGACGACGACAACGACGAACGCGAACACGAACGGUAGUAUCGAGAUGUCGAAAAACGGGAACAUGGUGAACGCUACGAACGGCGAGAAAGUGCCGAGAGAUCACUGUCCCAGGCACAAACAGGAGUCGUUGAAGUACUUCUGUCGCACGUGUAACGCCCUCGUCUGCAAGGAAUGUGCCAUCACCGACCACCCUGGCCCUCUGCACGAGUGCGCCCAUAUCUCGGAGGUCGGCAAUCAACAGCUGGAGUUGAUGGCGAGGAUGGUACAAGAGUGUAGAACCAAGGCGGCCGACGUGAGAGCCGCGGUGAAGGCCGUGGACCAUACCACCGCGAGACUUCAAGUUCAAUACCACAAAGCUCAGAACGAGAUCAAUGACACCUUCCAGUUCUACCGAUCUAUGCUUGAAGAACGGAAACAGGAGUUACUGAAGGAACUCGAAUCGGUAUUCUCCACUAAGCAAAUAUCCCUGAGCGUGUCGACGCAAAAGGCGAACGAAAUGGCGGACAAGAUCCACCAGACCUGCGACUUCGUCGACAGAUUGACCAAGUAUACGACGGUCACCGAGGUUCUCAUGGUGAAGAAACUGUUGGACUCGAAGCUGCAAGCGUUGUUGAACUAUACACCGGAUAUCGCGAGCCAAACGGUCGACUUAGAAUUUGUCAGUAACUACCAAGCGAUUCAAGUGGGAGUCAGAAACACCUUCGGUUACGUCCGAAGCAACAACGAGAACAACUCUGGGCAAAUCGGUAAACAGCCUCCGAUAGCUCGGCCCACGGUCUUGUCCAGCAACGGGAAUACCGGAAACAACACCAACGGUAGUACCGGACUAGGAGGCCUACUUCUCGACAGACCCUACAGCAACGGUCUGAUAUCGUCCACCUCGACCUGCGCCUCGUCCACCUCACCUUCUUUCGACGCUAACAGCACGGUGAUCACCAAACGAUUCAGUUCCGCCAACAGUCUCGGUCCCUUCUCGACCACCAUCAGCGAUCUGAACUUGAACGGGAUCAAUUCCAAUCCUUACGAGAAAUGGAGCAACGGUGGCAGCGACGCGUACCCGGUGGCGACCGCGAACGACCACUUCCCGAUGCCGAGUUCCGCCGCCGUGGCUGCCAACGCCACGUCCACCGAGUCCGUUCUGGACUUGACCUCGAAGCUGAUGUCCGCCGCGGCGAUCUUUCUACCGAAGUCGCAGAUCAAACGACAGAAGAUGAUCUAUCACUGCAAGUUCGGCGAGUUCGGCGUGAUGGAGGGACAGUUCACGGAACCCUCGGGCGUGGCCGUGAACGCUCAGAACGACAUAAUCGUCGCCGACACGAACAAUCAUCGAAUACAGAUAUUCGACAAGGAAGGCCGGUUCAAGUUUCAAUUCGGUGAGUGCGGGAAACGCGAUGGACAGCUGCUCUAUCCAAAUCGGGUGGCGGUGGUAAAAACUUCCGGGGACAUAAUCGUGACGGAACGAUCUCCGACGCACCAGAUACAGAUCUACAACCAGUACGGGCAGUUCGUGCGGAAAUUCGGUGCGAACAUUCUGCAGCACCCCCGGGGCGUGACCGUCGACUCGAAGGGGAGGAUCGUGGUCGUCGAGUGCAAGGUGAUGCGCGUUAUAAUUUUCGACCAGGCUGGGAACGUUCUUCAGAAGUUCGGUUGCUCGAAGCACCUGGAGUUCCCUAACGGGGUCGUGGUGAACGACAAACAGGAGAUCUUCAUCAGCGACAAUCGGGCCCACUGUGUGAAGGUGUUCAACUACGACGGGGCUUAUCUGCGUCAAAUUGGCAGCGAAGGGAUCACCAACUACCCGAUCGGCGUCGGGAUCAACGCCGUCGGCGAGAUACUGAUCGCCGACAAUCACAACAACUUCAAUCUGACGAUAUUCACGCAAGACGGUCAGCUGGUCUCGGCGUUGGAGAGCAAGGUGAAGCACGCCCAGUGUUUCGACGUCGCGCUGAUGGACGACGGCUCCGUGGUCCUGGCCAGCAAGGAUUAUCGGCUUUACAUUUACCGUUACGUACAAAUACCGCCCAUUGGCAUGUAGAGCAACGACGGUUGACGAGGGAGGAGUGUGACGAUUUUGUAGUUCUCGGAGCCAGACUGAUCUGUACUAUAGGUCCCGAUUCCGUUUUACAAAUCAAGGUACAAUUCAACAAUCAGUUACAUCUCGCGUUUCAACGUCGAUUAGGCGAUACGUAGUGGACUUUUUUAUUACCUAUAGCAAUUCUAAAAUAUAUGCCGAAAACGCGUAGAAUCGAUCGAUCGGUGGCGUCUCGAUGAGAACGGGACGCGAUAUAAGUCUGAUCAAUCAUGGUAUAAUAUUCAGAAUUCUAUGAUAAUCAUGAUUUAUGGGAUGUAACGGCGGCUGUUCGAUUGAGAUUCGAGAUGAAAUACAGAAAAUAAAUCCAUUGAAUUACGAUAGAAUUCCGAUAUGUUAAAUAUCAUGUGAUCAUUGCUGACGUCACAGGAUUCAGGUCGAUUACGUCGGUAGGACUCGAUUAUGUAUAGCAUUACGGGAAGUGAGAGUCCACGCAAUAUCUAAAUUCGAUCAACUCUACUGUAAUUACCGUAGAAUUCUAAUGAUCCGGUACGUUCCGGACUGUUUUUGCCAAAUAUAGAUUACUGGACUACGUCUACGUCUACGACUGAUUACACUGGAGUAUGUCGUGUGCGAUUGAAAAAUGAGGAAACUAGAGAUCCUGGUCCAUUCGGAAAAAGAUUAUUUAACGUCGUUUCAACAAAUACUUGCGACAAUACGAAUUCUAAUAGAAUUUUGAUAAUUCGGCAUGUUCAAGAUCACGCGAAUAUGGCGAAUUACCAAACAUGACCCGUGUACUAUAAUUAAAACGGAAAGGUACCAAACGAAAUUCCAUUAACUUGGUUUAUGCUGCGAAACUGGCAUUAAUUAUUCGGUACUUCUGUAAAACUAACAAUCGAGGCACACGAUAUAAAUCCAGUUGAUUGCAGUAAUUACAGUAAAAUUCUGAUUGAAUCAAGAUUUUGCGGGUAGAUACAAAGGAACUCAAGCGGACAUCAAUACGGCGGACCUUUUUGAGAUCAGUUUGGUUCUCCUGUACGGAAUUGUUCUCGUUGUUCUUGUUGUCGGUUAUCAUUUUUGUGUCAAGAACAAUAACGGAAGGGUGCAUCACCAUCUUCUCGAAAUAUCUCUUUUUCUACUUGCAUACAAAUAACUUUCAGCACUCAUCAUCUUCUUCUAAAUACUUCUUCUUCGCCCGACCACCAUCGCUAUUUCUAUGAUACCUUAUCAGUGACAUUACAUCGAAUGAAACUGUUAAAACGUCAGACAAAAUGGAAACGUAUUGAUACGAUUUUAUAAAAAUUGAAAACAAUCUUACUACGAUUCACCAUUUUAAUAUAGUCAAACGAAUAGAGAGAAGAGACAGUGAGUAACUUCUGCCAUUUGAUGAUCAAAAUAUUUACAGUUUUAUUCCAUUUAUUCGAAUCGCUUUAAGAUGACUAAUUUUAUGAAUAAGAACGAUGAGGUGAACCAAGGAUAUAACGAUCUUAACAGUUUCACUCGAUUCUUCAUCUAGAGCUAUUACUUACACUUCCGUAAUCGAUACACCUAGAACGCAUCGAUUAUUUAUUACGAUCAAGACUUUAGACUUGUGAUAUACAUACUAUAUCAUCAUUCGUGAAAAUGAAAUUUUCCGAAUCGUGAAUUUUCAGAAGAGAUUCCCAACACGGUCACAUUAUGUACUUGCAAUUGUUUUAAAUGUCGUAUAACGAGAUUGAACCGAGGGACACAUAUAUACUGGUCAAGCAAAUAUCUACGUAAAUAUGAUGGAGUAUUUAUGUGAAUAUGCUUACUGUAUUAUCGACGUUCACGUCAAUCUUGUUAACAUCGAGAUUGGAAUAAUUGAACGUACAUAAUGUACUCGCACAUUGACCAUUUUGACUUUUUACAAGAGUCAACGGAUAAUAAAUGAAUAAUGAAAAAGUAAAUAGUUUAGAUAAAAACCGAGAAUUAACAGGCGACUAAACGAACAAAAUUAAUUAUAGUAAUUAAGAAAAGUAAAUGAUUUAACAGAAGAAGUUAAAAGAAAGAGUACACUCGCGGGAAAAUGCAAACUUGAACAGAAAAGUCGGAAAGCUGGACGCUAGCUCGGAAGUGAACACGAAACGCGCGCGGAGAUUUACUCCGGAGCGCACGAAA